AUGCAGCACCAAAAGAUCCUGCCGACGGGCGAACGCUGCGGCUUCUUCCUCGGGGAUGGCACGGGCGUGGGCAAAGGACGGCAGCUCGCGGGUAUCAUUUUUGACAACCUCUGCCGCGGGCGCAAGAAGCACCUCUGGUUCAGCGUCUCGAACGACCUCCGGGUCGACGCCGAGCGUGACCUCCGCGACAUUGGCUGCCACGUCGCCGUCAUCGACGGUUCAAUCAGCGUGUUUGUAGUCGACAAGGCCAGUUCGAAAGGCUUUGGGCAGAGCAGUGGCAGCAAGCAAGGCGUGCUCUAUAGUACGUACUCGACGCUCACGUCCAACUUGGCGCACCCAACAAAGUCGCGCCUCGCGCAGAUCGUCGCGUGGUGCGGCGACAACUUUGAGGGCUGCAUCCUCUUCGACGAGUGCCACAAGGCCAAGCACGGCGACUUGAGCAUGAAGGACGCGACGGCCUCCAAGGUCGCCCAGGCGGUCGCCAAAAUCCAAGAGCUUCUACCUCGCGCGCGCGUCGUCUACUGCAGUGCGACCGGUGUCGGCGGCAUCGAGCACAUGGCGUACAUGGGUCGGCUCGGCUUAUGGGGACCGCGGACGGCUUUUGCGGGGUUUAGUGACUUUCUGUACACGAUUCAAAACAAGGGCAUGGGAGCGAUGGAGAUGCUUGCGAUUGAAAUGAAGCUCCAAGGCAAGUACCUCUCGCGGGGCCUGAGCUACGAAGGCGCCGAGUUUCGUGUCGAGACGGUCGUCUUGGACGACGCCCAGGAAGCCAUGUACGACCGCUCGGUGCAGUUCUGGACGAUGCUCAUGGGCUGUUUCCACCGCGCGUGCGCCAUUACGCGCACGAGUGGCGACGUCAUGAAGACGUUUUGGGGCUGUCACCAGCGCUUCUUCCGACAGCUCUGCAUGGCGCUCAAGGUGCCGUUCAUCGUCCAGUGCGUGCGAGAGAGUCUCGCCCUCGGCCAGUGCGCGGUCAUAGGCCUCCAGACGACGGGCGAGGCCAGCAUGGAGCGGUCGGUCGCGGCCAGCCUUGCCACCGACAAGACGCUGUCGCACACCCUCGUCUCGCUUCUCGAGCGCAUCCUCGUCGACUUUAUCGAGCUCCAUUUUCCCACCAAAGUGCAGUUGGCGGCAUCCGGCAUGAGUGCGUCGUACGACAUUAGCAUGAUUGACGCGGCGCUUGCCGGUGACGCCAAUAGCCAGAUGGAGCGGCUCCCAGACGGGUCUCUCCAAAGCGUCCUCUGUGUCGAGAUGCGUACGAUGCUGCUUCGCCAAGUGCUCGAGCUGCAGCUCCCGCCCAACCCGCUCGACCACCUCAUUGAUGCCCUUGGCGGUGUCGCAGCAGUGGCCGAGCUCACGGGCCGCCGCCUCCAUGUCGUGCGCAACGCCCGCGGCAACUUUGAGACCAAGCCGCGCGGCGUCCACCUCGACAAGGUCAACAUGGCCGAGCGGCAAGCGUUCAUGGACGGCACCAAGCUCGUCGCGAUCAUCUCGGAUGCUGCGAGCACUGGCAUCUCGCUGCACGCCGACCGUCGCUGCCGAAACCAGCGCCGGCGCAUCCACAUCACCCUCGAGCUCCCGUGGAGCGCAGACAAGGCGAUCCAGCAGCUCGGGCGCACGCACCGCUCCAACCAGUCGUGUGCGCCGUCGUACGCACUCGUGACAACCAACUGCGGUGGUGAAAACCGGUUUGUCGCCAGUGUCGCCAAGAAAAUGCUGACCAUGGGGGCGCUCACCAAGGGCGACCGGCGCGCGGGCAGCGGUCAGGACUUUUCAGGCUACCAUUUCGAGACCAAGUAUGGCUUCCAAGCGCUGCGGGAGCUUCUCAAAGUCGCGGGAACGCCGACGCUGGUCGAAGGCGUCGACGGCGAUGCUUUACUGGCGCAGACGCCGUUCGUGUCGUCGUUGGGGCAGCUCCAGCUGGUCUUUGCCAACUGCCUCAAGCAGAUUGGACUGCUUCCGCCGCCGACCACGUGCGCGGCCGUGAUCGCCAAGGCGACGCAGGAGGGCAAGUACGACGAGGGCUACGACGACAUCAAAGGCCGGAAGGGCCAGCUCCAGCGUCAGUCGCGCCUUAGUCCGACGGUCCAGCACUCGCACGUUGAGGUCGACCGCGGCAUCUCGUUCGAAGAAGCGACGGCGCUGCUUGCGUCGUCGGUCGCCGCCGGGUACAGUGCGAGCUUUUACAUCAGCGACGCCAAGUUCUAUGGCGAGUACCUCUUCAUGCUCAUGCUUGUGAACGCGACCAAGACGUCGUGCUGCGUCGUGCGGCCCAAUACGGGCUACAUGUACUUUGACCGGUCCAAGCUCGACGACAUGCGAGACAAGUAUGCCGCGAUUGCGCCGGCCGCGGCCGAGAAGGGCUGGCGACGUAUCUUUGAUGAGAGCUGCGUGCGCUGCGUGCACUGGAACGGGUGCAAGGCCGGCUUGACGUGCCGCGUCGGCAUGCGCAUGAUGCAGUACCACGUGCUCACGGGCUCGGUGCUUCCGAUUUGGAAGCUGCUCGAAGCUGUGCUCUUGUCGUCGCCGGACGUGUCGCCGUCGUCGCAGCUCCGCAUCGUACGCAUUGCGCUGACCAACCACCCGACGCAGUCCAAGCUUGUGGGCUUAAGCUUCCCGGUUGAGCUCAUCGGACAGCUCCACGUCGAGCUCACGCGACUCGCGUCUGGCCACUCGCUGCUUGCUGUCGAAGCCCCGAGCCCCGUCGACUGCAAGGCGCGCGACCGCCUCAUGCAGCCCGAGCGCACGCUCUUGAGUUACUUUGGUGCGGAGCCGACGCCCAAGCGGCACAAACCCGAAACGUCGACAAAACCGAGCAACACUGCGACGGUCGCGGUCCAGCCCCGCAAGACGAGUGCGACGCCCCACGCAUCCGCGAUCGCUGCGUUCUUCGCGCCCAAGACCGUCGCGCCCAAGACCGUCGCGCCAGCGCUUCUGACGCCGCCAAGUCGCCCGGUUGCCGAGUGCAUUGAUUUAGUUAGCGAUGAUGACGACAUGUAA